AUGCUCUUGAAGGCCACAGUGAUUGUGAACUUACUGAUUUUUUCUGUGUCGGGGAGCGAAUACUUACCAUCUGAAGCAGAUAGUGAGGAUUCAAAUGCAGACGGUAAUGAUGAGGAACUUGAUGCAAAUGAACAAAAUAAUGAAACCGCCAAUGGCGAUGUGCCCGAAACUGAUGAUGGACCAAAUGGUGAAACUGAAACAUGUACCGGUAAUGAUGACGAUGGUAAUGAGUGGGAUGACAUAAAGAGUACUGUCAGACAAUUUCCCUAUACUGACAAUGAAGGGUUCGCCAUUCGUCGCACAAUGAUGCUCGAGUUCAGUCAGUACCUGGAGAACUAUCUGUGGCCUAACAACUAUGUGACUGGUCUCGCCUCUCAUGAACACAUGAUGUCCAUAGUUGUGAUGCUCAAUGAGAAGUUCCGGGAGCGUGUACCUGCGUGGGAGGCCUUCAAGAAGCGACCAGAGAACUUCCCUGGGUUCUUCCAGCAGAUGCUGGAGGCAUGUCUGGGAGUGGCAUCACUACGGGAGAAGACAGCUCUUAUUGUUUUUCUUAACCAUGCGUUCAACAGCAUGGAGGUAGAAUUAAUCAGAGAGCAAGUCAAGCGGUUGGUGUCACUGUCCAUGUGGGUGUCACUACAAGAGGGUAGGAGAGAACAGGAGCUCAAAAAGGCGCCCAAGUGGAGGAAGUUCUGGAUGAAAAUCAACAAACGAGACUCUCCUGAGACAAAGCAGAAGUUGGAGUGGGAACGCAAAUUUUUGCAUCGGCUCAUGCUGAAUUUUAUUGAUACUUUGGAAGCCAUCCCUUCUAAAGGUGAGGUGAGUGGGGAGACUAUCCAGUAUUGCGAGAGAUUCUUGGAGCUAAUGAUCGACCUGGAAGCACUGCUGCCAACCCGCCGGUUCUUCAAUACAGUAUUGGAUGACUGUCAUUUGGUGGUUCGCUGUUACCUAGCAGCUCUGCCUCAUCGUGACGACGGCAACCUGUUUGCACAGGUCAGUCUUUGCACGCUAUGUCAUCUUGUAUUGCAGUCUAAUAUAAAAAUGUAUAGUAAUUGUUUAUUUUGAUUAAUUAAUAACUUGACAAUAACCCAAAAGCUAGACAGGAUUUUAAAAGCGUAUAACCUAGUUUUACUUGUAAUAUGUUAAGAAAUUUCCCCUAAGAAAGAAAAUGAUCGUCAGUUCUAGCUUAGGUGAAGUUCAAAAUGCAAGUUUAUUAGAAGUGUUAAAAAUGCCAGUCAAAUAGGUAUUUUUACCUCUAUCACUGUAAGACAGGUGUCACCAAAUGGUGGACCGUGGUCCGGAUCCAAACUGCCAACCAAUUUUGUGCGGACCUUGUGUUACCAAUUCCAAAAUAUUGUACAUAUGUAAUUUGAGUACAUUAUUUGAUUUGUCCCAUGCUUUGUUUUUCCUACCGUUGUUGAUUCGCCAAGGGAUCGGCACGGGUCACAAGAUCGUCAGUCAUCGCGAUUCCGAUCCCGCUGACAGCACCUGUCCGCGCCUUAAGUCAGUCAGUGUUUUGUUUUUAUGUUGAGUGACGGAUGAUAAUGCGCUAAAUACGUUUGCCUGGCUACAAUACGAGUACCUGUUAUUUUUAUAAUGGAACCAAAAAAAAAUAAAGGUGGAAUUUGUAAAUAGAGAGUUUUUUUUUUACCAGAAUGGACCGAUUUGUAUUGUUUCACACUGCCACGUCGAGUUGAAGCAGUAGUGAUGUGCUUCAUUUGUCAACAAAAAGUUGUGUUAGUUUAAAGUUGGAAUAUAAAACAACAUUGAAAUACCAAACACAAAUCAUUUGCUGAUAAUUUUUCUACUUGUGUAAAUCUAAAAUUGCGAUUUUAUUGUCAAGCUACAUAUUUUCCACUUAAAUCAUGAAUCGUUCAACAACUGAGCAGGAGAAAUGUGAUGCGGCUACUUUAUGUACUUCUUGGGCUCAUGCUAAGCAUAGGAAGCCAUUCACCGAUGCUGACAUAGUUAAGGAAUGCAUGUUCAAAGCAGACAAUGUUUUGUUGAUAACAGAAAAGAUUCCAGAAAAGAAAAGAUUGCAAGUACUCACUUAAGAAACACACACGUUUAGCCAGAAGAAAAUCAUUGUGAUGUGAAAGGGUAGUUAAAUAAUUCAGACUAUAAUGCCUUGGCUAUGGAUGAAUCAUGUGACAUUAACCGGCACAACUGUUUAUAUUUAUAUGUUUCUUGGAUCAAAUGAGAGAAAUUUUUGUUGAGGAGCUAUUGGUUAUUUUGCCUUUAAUAAGAAGAAUCCAGGAGAAGAUAUGACCGAAGCGAUGAUGGGUUAUUUCAUUAAAUACAAGUUAGUUUAAAAAAAUCUGUUUAUCAGUAACUAUCGACGGUGCAUCAGUGAUGGUUGGGUCCAAAAAAAGACUAGUUCACCUAUUGAGAACCAAUGCAAAAUGUAAUGAAAAUUUGAUUUCCUACCACUGUAUUAUUCAUCA